GGCUCAGGUUUUGGCCCGCGCACGGGCAGGUCGCUGCUCCCUCUCUGGGGUCUCUUUACCUCCAGGGUGGGGCCUCGGUUGGCAGAGAUGAUGGGCCUCUCGCGGCACGUCCUGGCUGCCACCGCCCUGGCAGCCCUGCUGUCCCAGUCCGUGGCUUCCAACGAGUUCGGCGAGCAGUGGCUGAAGGAGAACGCCAAGAAGGAGGGCGUGGUCGUCCUGCCCUCGGGCCUUCAGUACAAGGUGCUGCGCGCUGGCGACGGCGACAGCCACCCCACGCCGGACUCCUCCUGCGAGUGCCACUAUGAGGGCCGGGUGGCCAAGGAGUAUCCCGAUGGCGAGAAGUUCGAUUCAUCCUACGACCGGGGGUCUCCCACCAACUUCGCGCCCAACCAGGUGAUCAAGGGCUGGACCGAGGCUAUGCAGCUGAUGGUGGAGGGCGACAAGUGGGAGAUGUAUAUCCCCUCGGAGCUUGGCUACGGCGAUCGCGGCAGCCCUCCCAAGAUCGGCGGCGGCGACGUGCUGGUGUUCACCAUGGAGAUCAUCAAGAUCAAGGGGGGCAAGGUCCCCGCUAGCCGGUGCGACGUCAAGAGCCUUGAGGGCUGCAAGGACAAGGAGAAGGACUACAUCGCCAAGCAGAAGGACAAGCCGAAGGAGAAGGUUGAGGGAGAGCUGAAGAGACUGACCGGAAUGAAAGGCGGCCAGAUGAAGGACGACAAGCUUUCUUGGAUUAACCAGCGCAUCAAGCUGCUCGAGAAGCUCAAGGACGAGUUGUGAGAUCGCCUCUGGCGAUUUCGGCCGACAGCUACUCAGGAGGCCCCUUUCUGUUUUCCAGUUCCGCUGCCCCGGCACGUCGGCGGCGGGCCCUCGCGGGUCGACCCGCCGCGAAGAGCGGCGCAGCAAGACGGGGCCCCGGGGCCCUGGCCGUGAAUGUCUGCGACGCCGCAGUGUUCCCCGCGGCGCCGGCUCUCAGGGGUGGGGUCCUGGCGGCGGCGGGUCGGGGCCUUCCCCUGGCGCUUUUCGGCCCUGGUGGUGGGCUGCCCGAAGCCUGGAGGCCUCUCCACCGCCACUGCCGGCUCCGCCUCGAGACGCGGGCCGGGGUGGGCCCCGGGCGGGCGGAGCGGGCGGCCUUCUCAGAAGGUGGCGGGGCUUCUCGGAGGCCCUCGCGCCUGCUGAGAAGUCUCCUUCUUCUUCGGGGCAGGCUCAGGAAGCUUCCCAGAGGGCCGGGGGACUUCCGAGCCUUCUGAGGAGGCCCGCCCCUUCCCACUUCCCCCCGGGUUGGCCGCCGAUCCUGAGGAAUGGGGUUCUAAGGAUAGGAAGAGGUCCAAGGGUGGAUUUACGCUGUUUGGGCCACCUCGCCCUUAGGACCCCAUCCCUCAGGACUCCAUCUUUAGCCACCGACGCCGCCGGUUGUUGCCAGGGGUGUCGCUGGCCCAGCCCACAGGGUGUCCCCAUCUCAGACGUGCUCCCGCCG